GCAGUGCUACGCGAGUGGGAGUAGCGGUCGACAAGUUUGUCUUCCCGCGGUGUUGUAGUACGAAAACUACUGAAAGAGAACUUGCAAGGAAAGUGAAGGAUUUCAACUUGGCUCUGAUUGACAACAUUCAAGGAUAUCCGUUAGGAUUCUGAACUUUUUUCAGUUGGUUUGCGCUGGACUUUACUUUCCUUGUAUGAAGCGUCUCUGUGUGACUAGUCUGGCCCGAAAAGAAACCAUAUCUGGUCAAAGUAUUCAGCUGUCACAAAGCGGGACCGGUUCGCUAUAAAUAGCCUAGGAUAAGCGUUGGAAAAGACUUCCUUUUGAGGACAUCCCUGGGCACUUGGUUGCCUUUUUAUUUAUUUUUUGUUUGGAGUCGUCGUGAUUGUACCGAGUCACCAUGUCCACAUUCUUUAAGAAGGAAGUGGUGAACUACAGGGAGGUGGAUGAGGAUGAACUACUGAAGAAACUCACAGAGGAAGAGCUACGGAGACUGGAGGAUGAGCUGGAAGAGUUAGACCCUGAUAAUGCCCUGUUGCCGGCCGGGAUGAGACAAAAGGACCAGACCAAGAAGGCUCCAACCGGAACCUUCCAGAGGGAGAACCUGGUAGCCCAUCUGGAAAAGCAAGCUAAGGAGCACCCUGACAAGGAGGACCUGGUGCCCUACACUGGAGAGAAGAGAGGGAAAAUCUUCAUACCCAAGAAGGUGGUGGACCCCAUUAUGGAAAAUGUGACUCUGGAGCCCGAGCUCGAGGAAGCCCUGGCCAACGCCAGCGACGCAGAACUCUGCGACAUUGCAGCCAUUCUGGGCAUGCACACUCUGAUGAGUAACCAACAGUACUAUGAGGCCCUGGCCAGCAGCAAUAUUGUCAACAAACAAGGCCUUAAUAGUGUUAUACAAUGUACUCAGUAUAAGCCGGUGCCCGAUGAGCAGCCCAACUCAACCGACGUGGAGGAGACGCUGCAGAGAAUGCAAAGGAAUGAUCCUGACCUCCUAGAGGUCAACCUGAACAACAUCAAGAACAUUCCCGUGAAGACAUUGAAGGCCUAUGCUGACGCUCUGAUCGAAAACACGGUAGUGGAACGCUUCAGCAUCGUGGGAACCAGGAGUAAUGACCCUGUAGCCUUUGCCCUGGCAGAGAUGUUGAAGGUGAACACCACGUUGAAGAGUUUAAACGUAGAGUCCAACUUCAUCACAGGGACGGGCAUCCUGGCUCUCAUCGCCUCGCUGCAGUCUAACAGGACCUUGCAGGAACUUAAGAUCGACAACCAGAGCCAGCCCCUAGGUAACAAGGUGGAGAUGGAGAUAGCCAACAUGCUGGAGAAGAACACCACUUUGUUGAAGUUUGGCUACCAUUUCACUCAGCAGGGUCCCAGGCUGAGGGGCUCCAAUGCAAUGAUGAACAACAAUGACCUGGCUCGGGUAGUCCGAUCCGAUCAUCACUCGGACGGUUCCUUUACCCUCACUCUCUCCGUGCCAGAACUGGAGAGGGCAUUCGGUAAAAAGUUCAAGCCCAAACUCACCAAGCCCAAGACGAAGAAAUAAGGAAGAGAAGGCUUGAAGGAGGACCCAUCUUCCCCAAGUGUCGGACAGACGUGUAGCGUUCCCCAUGACAGGAGGCGGACCGUGUUCCGGCUCCGCCCAGCAUCCCCUUCAGCCAGAGGCCCCUCCCACCCGUAUCAUCCCCCUGUCUCCUUGACCCCCCUCUGCCAUGACAAAAAAACGGUUUCAUUCAGGGCCUUUUGGCAAAUCUUGUUCCUACUGUGGCAUGGAGUUGAUUUACUAUUGUAAAUGUGUUUUCUUUUUUUUCCCCUCUUCAUAGUCUACAGAUACAGGUUCAGAUAUCGUCAGUAAUAAGAUUUGGCAAUUGUGACAUUGAGAAGCCCAACUAUACAGAACGUAUUUAUUUUGUUUGUUUGUUUGUUUACUGGAGAUUAAUUGUUGUGGUGGAAAAAUGAAACGGCGUUACAACCAUGUUGUACUGUACCACCUGCCUUGUGUUGGUUUAGACAAUACCACAAUAUGUAUUUCAGCAUUUCCCAACCACUUCACAGAAUGUUUGAGUGUGAGGUUCAUAUAAGUUGUUAGUCUGCAGCUUGCACUGUCUGUAAGCAGAGGUACAUGACAGCAAAUAGAAGCUGUGUUCACAGGAAAUGGGGCAGGAUGCUAUAAUGGUGAAGGUUGAUAUGGUUUGGGUUGUAAGUUGUUUUUUUGUCAAUACUCAUGAAGUGCCGUCAUAGUUAUGACCAGUGAUGUCAUAUGACUACUUUAAUUACGCAGUGAAAACUGGGCAUGAAACAGUUUUCCCCCUUUUUUUCCCAGAAUACCUGACGGUGUGGACAAUUAAGAAUUCAUUUGUUUACCUGUGAUGCUCACGAGGGGCAUUUGAUAGUUAAGCAGUUAGAGCAUUGGCCAGUAACUAAAAGGUUGGUGGAUUGAAUCCCGAAACCGGCAAGGGGAAAAUGAUCUUGCUCUGUCCUUGAGCGUGGCACUCAACACUAAUUGCUCCCAGAAUUGGCUGUAAAUGACUGUGUUCUCAGUCCACUUCUCGUCAACAAAAAAAUGAAAAUCAGAAAACCUCAAGCAAAUGUGAAAUUAUGUUUCAUACCCGUUGGAACAUCUAUUAAAAUCUUCCAUUACGAACAGUUCAAAUGUUAUUAGUUGGACAAUUGUAGUGUAAAACCAAUCUGUUCUCACCUUAGCCUGGCUGCUGUUCUCUGUGUACUGUAUUUGCUUGUUUAUUAAGGAUGUUUUUGAUUGGCAGUUCCCAUUAUUGUUUUUCUUUUGUUGGUUUAUGGAUAAAUCAGGUUUGAACUUAUUACUCCAUGUGGUGUUUUUUUUUUUUUUUGACACUUCUAAGUCAAUGAAACAAACUGUACAUAACACUGUCCUCUAGUGGAAGGUUGAGAAAACUGCAGAAUUUCAGUCAGCCAAAGUCCCACUUAAACAUGUUCUAUGUUCUAUGUUCAGGACCCACCAAGCACUGCUCCCUACCUAAGAAGCUUUGGUCCAUUUGGUUUGGUGACUGUCUAGGUGUUGCCUGUUUGAACAUCCAAAUAUUUGGCAACUCUGAAAGUUGGGCCCUCCAUCCAUUGUAAUGUAGAUAUUUAAAUCUGUCGUUAUUACCUUGAACAAAGCAGUUAAACCUAAUUGCUCCUGGGUGUUAAUGAGAGCGCGUUCUCAGUCAUACGUACCUGUGGUGGCCCAGACGAGUCCAGUGGUCUAAGUUGCUGUCUCCCGUGCACAUGUACAGCUUCAGGAUGGGUUCCCAAUCUGUCCCGCUGCUGUGUCGGCAGAAACUCUUCUCUAUCUGUCCCCACUUUCCUGUCCAACAAAGCAUUUAAAACAUUAUGUAUAAAAAAUAAAUAUAACUGUACGGCAUACAACAUAUCCUUCUAAAUAAUUGUUAAAUACCUGUCCAGUGUCUUGUUUUUCAUAUGAAAUAUUAUUGCAAUACAAGUUUAAUCGAUUUAUUUUUGUUGAAAUGUUUUGGGCAGUCUUCAACAACAAAUAUGUAUUGAUGUGUGCAGGUCAUUAUAAACAUUCAUGAGUAGACCACUGAUUGGCCAAUUCAUCCUCUGGAGAUUUACAUCAAGUUUCUUAUAGUAAAACACAGUAUGAGGUACAGGUUUGAGGUGUUUUUUUAAGUGUUUUAUUUUUUCAUAUGCAUGCUUUGGCCACAGUUAAAAGUCUUCAAAAAAUGUACGAUGAGCAAACAGAAUAUGAACUGUUUAAAGUGAGAUUUCACUGGACAGUUAUUCUUUUAAAUGUCAUUGGAAAACACAACAUACCUCAUCCGCGUCAUUAAAAAAGCAACAACUUGG